AUGGAUUCCAUGAACCCAAAUCCUCCUAACUCUCCAAGCUUUGUAAAUCUCUUAACUAGUCAGCUAGUUAAUGAGAUUUACCCGCAUACUAUAGAGCUUGGAUCAUCAGAACUCUUUGAGUUUAGUAGCCAAUGUUCUGAUGAUCCAAGUGUAGCUUUUGAAGAUCGCAAAGAAAUGAGGAAGUGGAGUCUUAAAUUAGAUAUAUUCCUGAUCAAUGCUUGGCUAAACACCAGCAAAGAUCCAGUCGUCGGCAAUGAGCAAAAGGCUGGAGCAUUUUUAAAAAGAAUCCAAGCCUAUUUGAACUCGAGUCCUCAGAUGGUUGGUGAGCAACCUAGAGAGUGGAGACAGUGUAAACAACAGUGGAACAGGAUAAAUGAUCAUGUCUGCAACUUUUUGGGAUGUUAUGAAGCAGCAAAGAAGGAGAAAGCAAGCGGCCAAAAUGAUAAUGAUCUCAUGAAAGCAGCUCACGAGAUCUUCUUCAAUGAUCAUCUGGUCUAG